AUGGCUCCAUCUCCCAGGAGAAGCAGUAGGAAAGAUGCCAACGCCUUGCCAAGCAUGUCCUCAACUUUCUGGGCUAUCAUGAUCCUGGCCAGUCUCCUAAUCGCUUACUGCAGUCAACUGGCUGCAGGUACAUGUGAGAUUGUUACUUUGGACAGAGAUAGCAGUCAGCCCCGAAGGACUAUAGCCCGACAAACGGCGCGCUGUGCAUGUAAAAAGGGACAGAUUGCCGGUACAACAAGAGCGAGGCCAGCCUGUGUUGAUGCACGAAUUAUCAAAACAAAACAGUGGUGUGAAAUGCUUCCAUGUUUAGAGGGAGAAGGCUGUGAUUUGCUAAUCAAUAAAUCAGGCUGGACCUGUACACAACCAGGAGGACGAAUAAAGACGACCACGGUCUCCUGACAAAUGCAGCAACACAGAAUCCUC